UGGUCUUGCCUGCGUUCAGGGCGAGCCGCCAGCGCGGCAGAGCUCUGAGGGCAGCCCGCGCGCGGGCAGACGAACCCGCAGUCGCGAGCUACUAGGCAGCCGCGGUGAGCUCGCCAGAGCCUCAGGGGAUCGAGGAGGUCACGGGGCAUUGGCACCGGGUCGCGCGCCAGCGUUGCCCUCUUAGCGAGGACACUUCUGCGCGCGGUGAGCUCGACGCGAGCCAUUCAACAGCUGGCCUCGCGAGCGACAGUCGCACGGGGUGACUGGAACCGCUGACGGUUGCGACUGCGGCGGUGAGAGGGAGGCGACGACGGCGGCAUAGACAUUGGCGGCGGCGGCAGCGGCGGCGGCGGCAGUCCCGUUAUCCUACCGGAUCCUGGAGUAGAGACGAACGGUUCCUGAAGCUCCCGGUUACGUCUGAUACGACCAAGCACUUCAGCGAAGGAGCUAUAAGGAGGAGAAAUCAGGAAAGGCUAAAAUUACAAGAACUAGAAGAAGAAAGGAAAAAAGAAAAGAGAAGAGGAAGUAGCUGAAAGAAAAAGAAAAGAUGAUGAGCAAAAAGUCCGAGUAAAGAGGAAGAAGGCCAGGGUAAGGAGACAAGCCCUGAAGGAAAGAGACAGACACCGGCACAGGAAACAGAAGCCCAAAGCCAAAGCUGAGGCACCUCAAGAGCCAGACUCUUCAGAAGAGUGGGAGGAGAGGAAGUACCUAGUGGCUCAGAGGGAUCCACACAGUUUAACCCACAGGAAGUCGACAUUAUUGGCACCAAAGCUAAUGACUCUCCAGGGAACACAUUGAAAACUCUGGAAGAACAGCUAAACACUCUGUACCUUCAAAAUCAAGAGGAAAUGUCAAAAUAUCAGGUUGCCAAGUCAGACAAUAAAUAAAAACAAAAAAUGAAGAAAACAACUAGGGAUCACUUACAGAAAUCUUCCCACUGCCUUGGGGAAGAAAAUUUAAGGUAUUCCCCUAGAAAACAGAGAGCUGGAAUAUUAUUAGAUGAUGAGGAAUAUGAAUACAGUUUGUUUUUUAAGCAUAACUCCUUGGAGAUUACGAUAAUUGAAGGCCAGUCUCUUGAAAAUCAAGACCACCACGGUUCUAGUGAAUCCCGUUCCAGAUUAUCUGGGAGAGGCCAAGGCAGGAAACCUAAGAUCCAUGAAACAGAUGCAUUUUUUGACUAUCUUUUCAAUUAUUAUGAACCUCCACAAUAUACUCGUAUCUGCCUAGAAACAAGUCAGGUAGCAGGCACAUGUCAGUGGCAGAGGGAUGUCCAAGCUAAGGGAGAUGGAUUUCAGAUUAAUUUGAGAAAGUGUAGGCGUCACUCAAUCAAUUCGAGCCAAGUAGAAAACCUGGAAAGGAAAGAACAGGUUCAAGAAAAUAAUUACUCAUCAAAGAUUUGUACUCAGGAUCCUGAGCAUAAACGAGGAAAAGUAGAUUAUGCCAAAGAAUGUACUAAUGGGUUUGAAACUCAUUGCCAGGAGACAGCCCAUAAAGCUGGUGGUCAGCUGUCCCCAACUGAUGGAAACAGCUGUCUGUUGGAAAAGACUCAUAGUUAUCAUAUUGAAGAUUCCAAAUCCACAAGGAAAAGCCAAGUGUCCCCACCCCAUGAGUCAAUAGGCUUAGGUUUACAGUUGACAGAUUUCUUAGAGGAAAUUAGUAGUGAUUCUGAAUGCUUCAGUGAAACCCUUAGUAUAAACAAAGAGGAGAAAGAGAAAUCUGUGGCCACAUUUAAUAGUUUCUCAGAAAAAGAACCUCUUGACACUGACAAAAUGAUCACUCGCAAACGAAAUACAAGGUCGAGUCAGCCGACCUUUUUUUCAAAGUGGAAGCGUGAUGGUGAGGAAAAAUACUCUAAUUACAAGUUUAGGACACCAGGUAGGAAGUCUGAGUAUGAACCGAGAUGGAUAUGUUCAUGGCAUAGGGGUGAAAGUCAUUUCAUUAGACAUGAAAACAACAAUGGCCAAAUGAAGGGACAACUAGCCCCCAAAUACUUGUUUGAUGAAGGCUACUACCAGGAACCAAGUUCCAGUUAUCUAAAGAGGUUUAGUGAUAGUACAUUGGACCAGAAAGUGAACUAUGGGCCCUCUCGGGUGCCCGUAAUGUCAUCAAGAAGUGCUAGGUCUUUCUAUUUUGGUAAUUUUCACAGAAGAAGAGGGACUCCUUGGAAGUCAGAAUAUAACCAGAAUUCAAGAUUUAGAGGAUGUAAUUAUAACUAUUUGAAGUUCAAUUCUGAUUAUUACUAUAAUAGACAUAAUGGUCAGGAGUAUAUUGACUAUGGAAGCUAUUCAGGAAAAAACUGCACUGGUUCUUUAAAUUUUAAAUGUUUUGAUGACCACUUAGAUCAGGAGUAUCCUUUUUCACAAUAAACGUGUUACAAGAAGAAAAUUUAAAACCAAAUGUAGCCAUGUAAUUAACAACUACACAGCAAGACAGCAGCAUUAAAAACUUCAGAACCUGUGUGUUUUAUAUUUCCCAAAGCUUGUCAAUACACCUGGAGUCAUUUUGACCUAUGCUUUCAACUUUGGCAAGAGAAAUAAUAAUUUGUAUUUGACCCUGCUCAAGCUUUUAAAUGCUGCUUGAUCCAAGGAUAGACAUUUCUAUGGUUCAGCUAAAACUUUACUUCUACGCCAGUGAAGGAGCAGAUUAACAUUGAGAGGGGUUGAGAUGGCCCUCUAUGGCUCCUUAGGUGUCAUAACAUCAUCAUUUAGUGUCAUUUAUCUCCAAAGACGACAGCAGUGAAUGAAUAAUGAUCCUUUUACAUGUUCUUUGAUUUGGUCAGAAACACCACGUGCAGCAACAAACUUUCCUGACUUUUAUUUAGAAAUAAUUGUAGAUAAAAGAGACGACAGUUAGAACAUAGACUUCUUCAUGACAUUAAAGAGUUGCAUGAGCACCCACCAGGAUAAAAUUAAUCUUAUUACUACGUUUAAAUACUCAAAGAGUUGUCUUUUUCAAGACAAAGUCUUGGAAGAAGAAUCUAAAAGUGGUCCAGAUUGUCCUUUGAGGUUUAAAUGGAUAGUAUUUAAACCCAUUAGCAGAGUUGUUGUUUUUUUUUUUUUAAGAACCCCAUGUCUUUCCACUUUAGAAAAACAGCAAGAUUGAAGUAAUGUAACCAGUGGAAUUUGCAAAAGGAAAUAUUGAAAAAUUGUGGGGCACCAAUAAUGUCACUUGAAAAAAGAUGCUGUGACUAUUCCACUUCAGGUUAUGUAACCCUUUCACUCAGGGCUGGAUUACAUCAGUUUGUAAAGUCACUGAAUAUCCCCCAAACUGAACUUUUUUAAACAGUAACAAGUGCCUCUCUUCUCAAUCCUCAGUGAUGCCAUCAAGUUUUCAAAAAGAGUAAAGAGAAAAGCCUAUAGUUUUGUAGCUAGGGAAAAAUGUAUAUGUGUAGGAUUUGUAAACUCUCAACAUAAGCAAUUGAUCUUUUUACCUACUAGUUUUUGACUUCAUAAAUGUUUUUAAAUUGAAAUAUUUUAUGGAUUCUUGAAGACUUACAUCUUAGUGCAGUGCAUGUUUUAUAGAAAGCUCUGCUGAUUAAUUCUGCCUUACCUUGCAUUUAGGACCUCAGGGGCAAUCGAUUACCUUUUUUUUCUCCAACAAAACUAUGCCUGACCUGGUAAUUGAAGACAUUAAGGAGAUUAGAGACUGUCAGCAACAGGAAAAAGUCAUUUUUAAUCCACAGAAGCAGUAAAGGGCAACACUUUGAUGUGACAUGAUUCAUUCAAACACUCUUAAUUUGACAUUCUGUAGAAAAGUACCAGCUGGUAGAGCCAGGUAGAAUGCCAGUCAUUGUGGUUGCCCAGAAUAUCACAAUGUGUGCAUAUAACCAGCCUUUUGAGCAACCGGGUAUGUGAAAGGGCUACAAAAUCUUAUUUAUCUGAAGGAAGAGCCACAAGUUGUUUCAUCGAUCUCUUCUAAUCAUAGAGCUAUGUUAGUACAUGCAAGAAGUCAGAAAUGAAUGUACCAUAGCAGAUGAUGUUUAUUAUUAAUAAGAUAAUAACCAGUGGAUGAUUUGUUGGCUCCCUUGUGUUCAAUUCCACUUUCAAGCCAGUGACUCUUCCAUCAAAACUAGAUUUGGCUUGUCAAAUCUGAAAAACAUUGCUUAUGGGGCAAGUGCCUUCACUGUUAAUGUUCAAAGUACUGUUGUCCAGAGUAGCCUUUUGAACUGCUAACAGCUUGUAUUUUGUCAGGCAACUUUCAGUAACCAGGUAUUAUUUUUCUUUGACGAAAACCUGCCUCUUAAUUUUUCAUGUGUCAUGCCAUUAAAACAAAGAUUGAGUUUGUAAUGAGAAGCAGCUAUGCUUUUUGAAAAAAAUCUCACUGUGUUCUGUCACUUGAUUUUUCUUUGCAGAGUUUUUAGACAUGAAAACAGUUUGCUGCUCAGUAGUGAGACAUAAAAAUAAAUUGCAGAAUACAGCAUGUGCAAUUUUUAUGUGUAAUAGAACCGGUGCUAUUUCUAUGUAACAUUUUUGUCUUUUUUUUUUUUUUUUUUUUUUUUUGCUAAAUACCAUCCUGGGACUUAGAAGAAAGUAAAAAUACUGGUUUUAUGUUUACAUUUUGUAUAACCGUAGACUUGUAUAUGUCUUAUAAAGAGUCAACCUUUUUGGUGGGUAGGCCCUAAAUGAGGAAGAUAACUUAUCCUGUACUUUUUAAUUGAAUGGCUUAGUAAGGAGUAAAAUACAACUAAAAUAUUGUAACCACCUUCUUAAUUAACACUGCUAUUGUUUGUUGUGCUAAGUGGUGCAAAAGUGUUUUCUCAUAUCUUUUUCUAUGUCCUAUUAGGGGCCUGAGCUUUAAACUUUGUCUUAAGGUAUUUUCAUGUUUUUCUUAUGAGUUGUUGGUAGUUAUGCAAAAAAACUAAAAAUAUGUCAAUGUGCUUUCAAUUUGUUUAAAUUUCUCAGGUAGAAAGCCAUGUAACCUGGUAAUUUUGAAAAUAAGAAUCAAAUAAACUUAUUUUUACUUGUUGCAAAAUUGUUUAAAAUAGUCAUUUUUAAAUAAAUGCUGAUAAGUCCACCUUUGGGGGAAAGUUCCUACUUACAGUAUGCUGCUUUGCACUAAUGUUGCUGAUCUCUUUUCUCAUUUGCAUUGUUAGAGAAUACAUAUUUGUCAGAUAUAUUAAAAAUAAAAUUAUCAUAG